ACGAGGUCUGUAUCACAGUCUACUACUUCGCAUACCAGAGGAUGAGUUACCAAAAUUUGGAACAACAAUGUUGCUAGGUUUUCGUUUAGUAAAUGAAAACUAGACAAAAGGACAGUGUAAAUUCAACGUAAUAGCUAAGUUUGUUCAAGGAAUAACGAAAGAUGAUUAAAUUAUUCUCGUUGAAACAACAAAAACGAGACGGCGAGGCUGGGAAGCCCGGAGCUAAGCGUGCCUCAGCAGCACAGCUUCGGAUACAAAAAGAUCUGAAUGAGUUACAGUUGCCAAAGACAUGCCAGACAGAAUUUCCUGAUCCAGAUGACUUGCUCAAUUUUAAACUUGUUAUUUGCCCCGAUGAGGGUUUCUACAAAACUGGAAAAUUCACCUUUAGUUUCAAGGUUGGUCCAAACUACCCUCAUGAACCACCAAAAGUUAAAUGUGAAACUAUGGUUUAUCAUCCAAAUAUUGAUCUUGAAGGAAACGUUUGUCUUAACAUUCUCAGAGAAGAUUGGAAGCCUGUACUGACCAUCAACUCAAUAGUUUAUGGCUUGCAGUAUUUAUUUUUGGAACCAAACCCAGAAGAUCCUUUGAACAAAGACGCAGCUGAAAUCCUUAGGCAAAACAGAAGACUCUUUGAGCAAAACGUAGCCAGAUCAAUGCGUGGAGGGUAUAUUGGCAGUGUGUACUUUGAUCGUUGUAUAAAAUAGCAUGCGACAUUUGCUAAAAUUUCUUAUCCUAGUAUACCUAUUGGCCUCGCUUUAGAUUAUUCUUUUCUUCGUUAUCUCCAAUAACCAUAAGCUUAGUUCCAUUUUUGUUUUAUUUGCCAAGGGUAGACGAUAGUUUGUUUGUGGAGUACAUUAAAUAUUCUCGAUAUGGUAGUGUUUUUUGACACAAGCAAAGUACAUUAUCAAUGAAUUCCAAUUUUGUUAGUUAAGACAAAGGCGCUAUGUAAGUUAUUUCGCCAGUUUUUGAAGGAAUCUUAUGUUUUGUUGGUGCUGCUGAAAAUCCUGGCGGGCUGGUUAGUCAGGGGCGAUUUACAUAAGAAAGUCAAUCCGGACAGCUAAAGAAAUCCAUUGUGUUUUGCUGCGAUUCUUGAGAGAACAGCCCGCAGUGAGUCCAACUCAUUUUCUCAACCCGUGUUGAAAUUGAUGUCCCUUCUUUUUCAACCCGUGAUGUCCCUUCUUGGAAUAUUAAUGUGAACUUUGGAACUUUUUCUCCUCUGGUAGCCAGAUAUAGAAUUAUUGCCGACUAAACAAACAGGGGAAAAGUUAUCUAAGUUUUAAACAAGAGUUGAAUCUCACCCGAGGUUGGAAAUCUAACGAAAGGAAAGAAAGCCAACUUUUCAAAGCCGAUAUGCCUUUGAUAAUCUAAAUGAUUUGAUCUCAACCCGGAAUGCCUUUGAUAAUUUAAAUGAUUUGAUCUCAACCCGGAAUGCCUUUGAUCAUUUAAAUGGUUUCUAAGAAUUGAACAGCUUAUAAAGUUAUUCUUUAUGUCACCUGCUACAUAUUUACCCUUGUAUAUAAAGCAGUACAGUUCUUAUAUAUAAUUACGCCAAAGAAGUCAUUAUGGUUUUUAGUAGAAGGUCUUUCAUCACUUUCCACACUUCCAAAGCAGUUGAUUAAUUAAUAUGCUGUUUGUUAGUUUGUUUGAAGUGAGAUAAAACUUCAGAUUCUGUUUUUGACACAUCCCCCAUUACACUGCGGCUUUCCUAGCACAAAGGCCUAACCCUAAUAACAAGCAUACAGGCAGUAUUAUAAUUAUUUCUUGUGUUAAAAUUACUGCUUUUAUAUACAGCAGUAUAGUGAAAUAUAAUUAAUGUAUGUUUCUCUCCUUACCUUAAUGGCAGUCACGAGCUAACGAGCUUUGCUUUUUAUGCUGGUAAGAUUUUAUUGCAAAUAUUAUGCCUUUCAAAAAACUUCCUUUUCUCGAAAUAUAGCAAGAUACUUGUAGCCCCAGAGUUAUGAUUACGUCUCUGUGUUUUAAAUUCCCUUUGCACGAUUUUCAUGUUUUGUGAGUUUGUGUUUUCUCGGCGUCACGUCAUCAUGUCAUAUCUUGAAAAAUAUGCCCUUCUAUAAAGCUGUUGGUUCUAUUAGUUUUAUUAUUCGCAAACUAUUCUCAUUUAAUGAUCGAGUGUCUCAGUCUAUC